AUGGCACGGCCCAUUGCACCCGUGCCUGCAGCAACAGUCCAUCGCAUUGCAAGUGGACAGGUCAUUUUGGAUCUUGCAACAGCAGUCAAAGAGCUUCUUGAAAAUGCUUUGGACGCUGGUGCAACCAACAUCGAGAUAAAGCUCAAAGAGUACGGCAGCGAGCUCAUCGAGGUAGCUGAUAAUGGAUGUGGUAUCUCAAAUGAAAACUAUCGGGCUCUGACAUUGAAGUAUCACACUUCCAAGCUGACCUCCUUUGCAGAUCUACAGGAGCUGAGCAGCUUUGGCUUCCGUGGGGAAGCUCUGAGUUCACUCUGCGCAGUUGCAGAGGUCACUGUUUCCACUCGAACAGAGGACAGCACCACCGGCACCAGGAUAGCCUAUGAUAAGAAUGGUAGCAUCCUCUCAACAGCAGCUGUUGCCCGUGCCAAGGGCACCACCGUUGCUGUCAAAGAACUUUUCAAGCCACUUCCAGUGCGCUUCAAGGAGCUGAGACGGCACCUGAAGCGAGAAUUUGCAAAGCUGCUUACCCUUCUGCAAGCGUAUGCAAUUAUUUCCACUGGAGUGCGCAUCAUCUGUACCAAUCAGGUGGGUACAGGUCCUCGGACAAGGAUCAUUUCAACCCAGGGGCUUGCAAGCAUGCGCGACAACAUCGUCACUGUGUUUGGGAGCCGCACGGCUGAGGCGUUGAUACCCUUGGAUGAAGCAUCAACGAAUGAAAUCUCUAUGCACGGGUGUGCGUCUACUCUGCAUGGGCACAUGGAGGGCAGAUGCUCUUGCAUGUCUUCUGCCUCUAAUGGUCGGUGUUUCCUCAGGUUUGUCUCAAGAGCAUCAGCAUCUUUUGGAAAAUUAGCUGGGGAACGGCACUACUUCUUCCUAAACGGGCGCCCUACUUACCGAACCUACACAAGCUGCGGAAAUGCAGCAAAUGUCCGGCCGACAGCCUUCGUUGACAUCAGACUUCCCAAGGACAGCUACGACAUCAAUGUCACACCCGACAAGCGCAAGGCGCUCAUCCAUCAGGAGCAGGCACUGUUGGAGGCAUUUCAGAAGGUGCAUGCUCCUUUCACAAUAUGA